AUGCUGGGUGAUGGUCCGUCUCCGCCACUGUGCCAGUACUCCGAGAGUGACGUGCAUAUCAACGGCGACGUCUCUCAAGCUGCUGGUGGUUCGACUCCAGCGUCUUCAGAUGACGACAACGCUGAGCAAACACCCGGCACUGUGGCUCCCGCUUCACCCAACGAUGACAAUGACGAAACCUCGCAGAACACUCAACCUUCGAAAGCAAGCGGAGACGGUGACGACAAAAAUGAGGCUUCGUCAAAAUCUAGCAAUGGCAAGUCGGACGAGAGCAAGGCCGACGACAACAACAAGCAAGACGACACGAAAUCAUCGAAGGGUAACGACAAGUCGGAUGAGAGCAAGUCCGACGACAACAAGUCCGGCGACACGAAAUCAUCGGAGAACGGCGACUCGACGCAACAGGGGGAACCCGCCGGAGACGAGAGUGUAACUCAGUCGGAGGUUUCUGACGAAGCUGGUGCUUGGAAUGAGACAUCCACCGACGAACCCGGUGUAGACGCGAACUUUGCUAACCAGGACCCCACGGUAAUUUCGACCCCUUCGACCAAAACCAAGUGCAACGGCCGCCGCAAGAGGAACUGA